CCCAGAAAUUUGAGAGGCUUUGGACCUUACCUUCCGCACCUUAUCUCCCUUUUUUAUCCUUUUGUCUCUCGGUCGAACAUGAUAAUAGUUGUGGAUAAUGUUAUAUCGUUCCGUUGGAAGUUAUGGGACUCCAUGCAUUGCAGUUUAUAGACUCUACAUGAAUCAAUCGCGAAAUCCAUCUCUUUCUCCCUCCUGCUGCCCGCAACUGCGCAAUUUCUUAGCUGAGCCCAGUUGAUAUAAUCAAUCCCACGGUCAUUUUAGUCGUUGAGAAAUAUAAUUUCUUGAUGCUUUCAUUUCUAAUUCAUAUUUUUCACUGAAAAGCUUCUCUUUUUCUUUGAAAAAGAAAAACUUUAAAGAGUUGUUCAAUACCACCCAACAUCUUCAUAUAUUCGGUUAAUUUUUUUCUGGGUCAAAGUAGUUUAAACUCGAGGGAAUCAGCUAAUGGAAAAUUACAUUUCCUUCUCGAUGGAUUUUGAAGUUUUAGAGCCCUUGUUCGGUUGAUGCGUUGGAGCGGGCAAGUUUGAUAAUUUGUAAAAGGUGUGGAAUUUCAUUUUCCUUGUUAUUUCUUUUGUUUGUUAUACCUUUAUAUGCAUUUCUCGUUGAUCAAAUGAUGCACACACUGACACCUGAUUGAGGACUUUGGAUUAAGUUUUUACAAUGCUUUUGAUUCCAUUCUGGAUUUUGCUAUUGAUUAUUUUGGUUUUAUACAUAUGAAAAACAUAUUGGAAAUGAUGCGAAAGUGGAAAACCCUCGUGGGUGCCUGUUUCUGGAGAUUGAUGUUGAAGGUUUUUUUUCCUUGAACGUGAACUAGUUAUUUGGUUCAAUCACGUGCAGUCUACUUCAGUUCAAGACUCUGAAUUGGAGAAGACAAGUUUACAGGACCAUAUGGAAGAAUCUGACAAUGGGAAAGCUGUUUCUAGAACCAACCGAAAACAUCAAGCACGAACUGCCACCAUAACAAGAGGAUGGGUUCGAGCAUUACCGAUCAAGCAGCAUUCUCCAGAUGACAAGAAUCAAUCAUACAGGGCAUCAAAGUCUGCAGAUUCCAAAUACCAAUCCCACUGCAUUAUCUGCACGAAUGAAAAUAGUUGCCGAACUGUUCGCUCAAGAACAAAGUUGAUGAAUAUUCUGAUAGAAAGAGGGAAACCCCAGGAAGUCCAGUCCAUAUUUGACAGUUUGAUUGAAGGAGGGCACAAGCCGUCUCUUAUAACAUACACGACCUUGUUGGCUGCCUUGACCAUCCAGAAGCGCUUCAAGUCCAUACGUUCAAUUAUCUCUCAGGUGGAAGAAAAUGGAAUGAAGCCUGACUCAAUAUUUUUUAAUGCUGUUAUAAAUGCUUUCUCCGAGUGUGGAAACAUAGAGGAAGCCAUGGAAACCUUUUGGAAAAUGAAGGCAAGUGAAUUACAACCCACAACGAGCACUUAUAACAUAUUAAUUAAAGGUUACGGGAUUGCAGGUAAACCUGCAGAAUCUCUGAAACUGCUACAAUUAAUGUCACAAGAGAAAAAUGUCAAACCCAAUCUCAGGACCUAUAACGUGCUUGUCAGAGGAUGGUGUAAGAAGAAUGAUAUUGUGGAGGCAUGGAAUGUGGUAAAUAAGAUGGUAGCUUCUGGCAUUCAACCUGAUGCAGUUACUUACAACACAAUAUCAACAGCUUAUGCUCAAAAUGGAGAGACAGAUCAGGCAGAAGGGAUGAUUUUAGAGAUGCAGAAAAAUAGUGUGCAGCCCAAUGGGCGAACUUGUGGCAUCAUCAUAAGUGGCUAUUGUAAGGAAGGAAAACUGAAAGAGGCCUUGAGAUUUGUGUACAGGAUGAAGGAUCUUGGCGUGCAUCCUAAUCUUGUAAUUUUCAACUCGUUGAUUAAAGGAUUUGUAGACACCAUGGACAGAGAUGGGGUGGAUGAGGUAAUGGCAUUGAUGGACGAGUCGGGGGUCAAACCAGACGUGAUAACAUAUAGUACCAUCAUGAAUGCAUGGAGUACUGCAGGAUUCAUGGAAAAGUGCAGGCAAAUCUUUGAUGACAUGAUGAAGGCGGGAAUAAAACCUGAUGCACAUGCCUACAGCAUUCUUGCUAAAGGAUAUGCACGUGCACGAGAACCGAAGAAAGCUGAAGAACUAUUGAGAGCAAUGACCAAAUCGGGAGUCCGUCCAAACGUUGUGAUUUUCACUACUGUCAUCAGUGGAUGGUGCAGCACUGGACAAAUGGAAUAUGCCAUAAAGAUUUUUGACAAGAUGUGUGAGUUCAAGGUUUCUCCCAAUUUGAAGACUUUUGAGACCUUAAUUUGGGGAUAUGGAGAAGCAAAGCAGCCAUGGAAAGCAGAAGAAAUGCUCCAAAUUAUGGAAGAAUUUGAUGUUCAACCAGAGAAAUCCACCAUCUUGCUUGUUGCAGAAGCUUGGCGUGCCACUGGAUUAACAAAAGAAGCAAAUAGGAUGCUCGAUAUUGUGAAAGGUAAGGGAAUGACACGUCAGACGGUGACAGAAGAAGAGAUAGCGGUAGAAAGUUCAGAGAAAAUUUACCAGAAGCAACCUGCGGGUGCCUCUGCUACUGAUCUGUUACAGAUACCAGCAGUGGUAACGAGUGAUCAGAAAAGAUCAACCACAGCAACUAAAAAAGGCCGCAUGGUGUUGAGAGAUACUGAUUUUCCAUUAGAGCGUUCAUACCUUUCUACAAAAUCGAUGUAUCUUUGUCACACUUGUAAAUUUGGAGACAGAUCACCAGUCAUAUGCCGGAAGCAGUCACAAAGGCAGCUUGGGAUGUUUGCUCAGCUUCCACUUUCAUGUACAGCCGUAUUCUUGAACUGAAGGAGAUACAGAAAUUACAGUUUUUGAUGAAAUCCCGUUCACACCAGAAAGAAAUUAUAUUACAUUUUGUAUAGACAAGGGAGCUGCUUCAUUUUCAGGACCUUAUAGUUGUUUCAGGUCUGCUUCAAUACCCAAAGUCAAUGAUAAUCUUGUAUUUUAAGCACGGGAAGACUUGGCUGCUUUUUUUUUUUUAAUUGGAUUUAACUGAUUCAUCCAUUGUUGUAACGAAAAUUGGCCCUUCUGAAGACAGCCUUGGAACUGAAAAUUCAUACGUCGGUUUCAUGAGGUACUUUUA